AUGCGAGAUUAUCGUACACGUGAUUCGAAUAAAUUAAAAGUCAUUCCAUCACUUGUUGGCGAUGAUGCUGAAUGGAAAGAACCCAUACAAAAUUCAGAAACUCAAACGAAAUUUAUUAUGUCUCUUAUUGAAUUUGCCAAAUCUCAAGACACUGAUGGUCUCGAUUUUGAUUGGGAAUAUUCAUGUAGUGAUUACAAAUCUUUAUAUAAUCAAUUUAUUAAAGAACUUCAUCUAGCUGUACAGGAAACAUUUGGAGAUGGAUUUCUUUUAACAACAGCUGUUGGUGCAGGCAAAAAUACAAUUGAUGAUUGUUAUGAGAUUGAACCAUUAGGUCAAUUACUUGAUCUAAUUCAUCUUAUGACUUAUAAUUAUCAUAGCAUUUAUGAUAAGCAAACAGGUUAUAGUUCAUCCAUUUAUCCAAAAAGUAUUGAAAAAGGUGAAGCACAACAAUUUAAUACAGAAUGGAGUGCUGCUUAUCUAAUUGAAUAA